AUGGAUUGGGCUUUAAAGGCUGCCAAAAAGAAGCUCAAGAACCAAACGGGUGGUUCGCGAUCUAUUGUGGAAUCACUCAAUGAGUUCAAUGAUGUCAUGCUGAAAGGGCAUAAGGAAAUCGAAGAUGUGUUUUAUAGGAGUAACGACUGGCUUAAUAUGGAAAUGGCUAAGCUUGGAUUCCCCAGAGGUGAGUCUAUCACUGCAGCACCCGUAAGCCCUGACAAGAGCGUUGUCAAUGAUGAUCAACCUGAGCAUGAGACAGAUGAAGCACACAAUGAAGAUACGCGUAGCAAUGAAACUGAGAUACGAAGUGGUGAUCAUGAUCAAGAAACUGGAAUGAAUACUGUUUCAGCUAAUGCAACAAAUCAGGAACCCGUGUCAGUUGGCUCUCGGAAUGAGCUUCGAGGUUCAAGGCAGACACAAAUCGAGGAUCAAGAUAACAAUCAUACAAAUGUUCAGCAGCAGUUAAUCCUUCAACCCGCUAUAACGCCGAAAAGUCUCCUAGGAGAUGAUACGGGUCGAGUAUUGAUUAAUUCUUCUUCGAUCAAGAGAGCUUCUCGUGAGUCUUCUGUCACCAAGUCAUUCCCUUGGCCGGUACAAAGGGAUGCAAAGGAUUUCACAGCAACAAAUGAAAUUAAAGCUCCACCUACUAAGGACAAUGAGAUUACAAACGAGGGAAAUCAAAUUCCUUCCGCUGCAGAUGACAAAGUUCAUUUGAGUUCGGUGACUAAAACAAUUCGCGAUCGUUCCCAGAGACGAUCCAACAUGUUUGCACCCUUACCAAGCAAAGAUCCGUUAAUAGUUCAACCAACUCCAAGUCAGCAUAAGAGGAAAAUCAAUGGGCCGACGACUCUCCCGAUCCAUCAAGAAAAGAAACUGAAAGUCUCCCCAUUGCAUAUCCCUGCCAAUAGCUCAGAAUCAAGGUUGAAAUCUCCUCGUUAUCAAGGAAACGUUUUCGAACGGCUUUCCAAUAAUUUAACUGAAUCAUUUGAAAGAAAAGCUGCUGAUCGAAGAGCCGCUUCUCCUGUCCGAAACAAGAGAAGUACCACAUCACCAACGAGAUCUCAAAGGUCAGGUGCCUCUAUUCACGGAUCUCCCACCAGUCGAAAACUCUCGCAAAAUAAUUCGCAUACGGAAAGGAUUCACCAUACUCUGAAGAAUAUAUUCGAUUCUAAGAUUCCCCAAUUAGCUAAACAUAACAAGAAAGAACCACAACCUCUGCGAAGAAGAGUAUCUAACCUCAUUGAUAGAUCGAAGCCCACGGAAAGAAAGUCUUUAAUACCAAGAAUCAAAGAACUUACACCAGUAAAAGGUUUAAUCAGGGAAAAUAUAACACAAUCAAAUGAAACCAACAACAUUCGUGCUAAGAAGCAGCUUCCAGAGGAAGUAUCGCAGCCUCCUGUAAUACCACAGUUAUCCACUCAUAAAUCAACGUCUAUCUCUCCUACAUCAUCUGAUCAAAGAACCAAUUCGCACGAUAGAUUGACCAGAUUCCAGCUAAUUACUGGCAGUUCAAGCAACAAACAAGAGAAAGACACGCUAAAGCAAAAAUUGAAUAAGCGGUUGAGUGAAGUGAUGCGUAACCAGCAAGAGCAACAAAUGCGGAAAAAGUAUGAACUCCAACAGAGGAGGAUUUCUCAGGCAGAUGAGGAUACUAAAAGAAGAACAAAGAUUCUUUUAGAUCGUAACAACGCAACAUUACCGCCACUCUCUAAAUCUGCCAGUACAAAUUCCAUGUUACAUGAUAUCAAUACAGUUGAUUAUAGGGAAUAUAUCGGCGCACCACCAAAAACGGAAAGAACUUCCAACGAUGUUACUUUACCUGAAAUCAUUUCUGAUGAUGAAGGUAAUAACCAAGUAGAGCGGACACUGACUUCGUGGGCUGAGCCAGAAAAACUAAAGCAACAAUUGUUGUUGCAACAAAAUUGGGAUAUAGAGCAAAUAUUAGGCCCCAUUCCACCGCUACAUAUCGAUGAGAUCUUUCAAACUAGCACUUCAAGACUACAAAAACUUAAGAAAAGGUAA